UCCCCCGGCGGGAGGUGGCGGCGGCGGCUGGGCCGGCGCCGCAGCGCCGGGGCCGGGCGGGGGCCGGCCCGCCAUGCCGGCCGGCCCGCCGUGAGUCGCUGCGCGCGGCGCCAUGGGGCCGGAUCCGGGCUGGGCCGCGCUGGUGCUGCUCUUCGCCGCCUCGCUGCUCACCGUCGCGGCCUGGCUGCUCCAGUACUGGCGGUCCGCGGCCCUGCGGGCGCCGCGGCGGCGCGGGGCGGCGGAGGAGGCCGGGGCCCGGGUGCUGCUCGCCGCGCUGCUCGCCCUCCGGUCCCUGCGAGAGCAGUGGCAGCGGGCCUGGGUGCGAGCCCUCAACAGCCAGGCGCGCCGGCACGGGAGUUCAGUGCAGAUCACAUUUGAAGAGGGUCCUCAGUUACCACCAGCCGCAAAUAUAAGUCGCGUGACGUGCAAGGGACAGUCGGACCACAGCAUGGUGCUGUACUGCCAUCUGUCAGCUGAAGCUGUGAAAUUCCCUGUCUCUGUUACUCAGCAGUCCCCAGUUGCUGUUUCUGUGGACACCUAUCAUGUCACUUUGGCUGUGCUGCAGGCUCAGGUGGAGAUCCACUUGGAGGAGAUACAGAACGAAGGUCUCCUGGUGUCGUGGAUGUUCAAGGACAGACCAGACUUGAACCUUUCGGUUCUUCCGAGACUUCAGCUUCGCGAGAAUGAAGGGAGAGUGGAUCUGUCCACCAUAAAGGAUCUGAUCGAGGAUACCAUUGUCAGCACGCAGCCAGCCAUGAUGGUGAAUCUGAAGGCCUGCACCGCUGGAGCUGGUGCGGUACCCAGCAAUAUGUUGACUCGAGAGUCCCCAUCCGGAGUAGCAGCAGCCCCUCUGGGUUCUAAGCUGUUGCUCCGGAAUCUUCGAGUGCUGAACUUGGGCUCCCGGGAGAAGGAAGGAGUUGGGGAGAUACGCUGCGUGGCAGAGCUGGACAGCCCACCACAGCAGAAGCAGACGAGGCCGGUGACAGCUGGCAGUGCGGGUGCUGCAGCAGAGAUUGAGUGGAAUGAGGAGCUCUUUCUGGAGUUGGGACCUAGAAGUAAAGAGCUGAAGCUACAGGUGCUGGGGAACAGUGACGGAGGGGGAAAUGUGCUGCUGGCACAUGCCACACUUUUGCUUGAUUCUUUGGCCAAACAACCGUCUGGGAGACAGGUCUGCUCACUGGCCCCAGGAGCUGGGCGGUCACUGGCAGCUGAAGCUACUGUUAUAUUGGAGCUGCUAUUCCAGGAGUCUCCCACAUCAUUGAAUGCUCAGCAUGCCACAUCUCUGCGAACCAGCAUUACUCCCACAAAGAAGGUGGAGAUGGACCGGACCAUCAUGCCUGACGGCACCAUCGUGACUACUGUCACCACGAUUCAGUCCCGGCCCAAGGCAGACUGCAAACUGGAGUCACCAUCGAGGUCUCCUUCCAAGGUGGAAGUGACUGAAAAGAAGACAACAGUGCUUUUGGAGAGCGGCUGCCCUCGCAGCCCCUUGCCCAGCAGUAGCCGGGAUAGCCGUAUGCCCAAUGGCUUGGAUCCGGUGGCUGAGACGGCGAUCAGGCAGCUAACCGAGACGAAUAACAAGCCCGCCAAGAAGACCCCAACAAAACGUAGCACGCUGAUCAUCUCGGGAGUUUCCAAGGUACCUAUUGCUCAAGAUGAAAUGGCACUUUCUCUGGGUUAUGCUGCAUCUCUGGAGGCCACGGCGUAUGGGGAUUCUGCGGCAGAGGGUGUGACUGACCGGAUGCACGAUUCUACUGAAUCGUCACAGCUGCUGGAAGCGUUGCCAUCGGGACAAAGGGCCAGCCAGGAGCUGGAUGAGAUGACUCGAUCAGAUGUCUCUGAGAGACCAUCAGUGGAAGAUGUUGAGUCUGAAACUGGCUCCACGGGAGCCCUUGAGACGAGGAGCUUAAAAGAUCACAAAGUUAGCUUUCUUCGGAGUGGUACCAAGCUCAUCUUCCGGAGAAGGAGCAAGCAGAAGGAAGCAGGCCUGAGCCAGUCACAUGAUGACUUGUCCAACGUCACCGCCAACUCUGCCGCCAGGAAGAAAGCCGGCAGCUUCUCCCGCCGCCUCAUCAAACGCUUCUCCUUCAAGUCUAAAUCCAAACCCAAAGCUAGCGACAGCACAACAGCAAGUGAGAACUGAAGGAAGGAGAAGCCCGUCGGAAAGAUUGCACAGAGAUCUUUUUCUAGUCUCUUGUCUUCCCACUCCGUGGUAUCUGUGACCUGCUGUCCAGUUCCUUCCAACCUUGGCUGAGGGAAGACACCCCAGUGCUUUAUGCCGUUUGGGGAGUGGAGGUGGCGAACCUGGGGCUUAGGCUGCUCGUCUGCCUUGGCUUAUCCUUCUCCGACUGUCGUACCCCACCGUGCUCUCCAAGAAAAAUCCAGGUGGCGUGCUAAUCCCCGCGGGGGUCCUGGGAGCUGUAGAAGUGACUCUGCCUGUGUAGCUGUCUGGCAUCGCUGGUGUGUCCUGGAAAGGGGUGGGGGGCGGCUCUCAGGUGGCGACCAUCAGAGUUAAAGAUCGAGAAACUACCGGGUUAGCUACGUUGCCAAGAAGUGUGGGCUGUAGCCUCACUCGGCUCUUCCAGCGAGAGAGAAUGACACGGUCGCUGGCCAUCUAAAUGCUCUCAUUGCUUCUGCUUGGUGCAGAGGCCGUAACCUGACUGAGGCAUGGUGUGGGGCAAUGCGUUCCUGGGCUGUGAGCUGGCAGGAGAAGAAGCUGCGGUUCUCCAACUGGCUCUGCCGUUGGAACAGUCUCUGGGUUGGACAGCGCUGAUGGAUGCCUGCUUUCUGUGCUAUGCUGAUGAAGGAAGGAAUCUCAAAGAAGAAGGAAGUUUUAACCACUGGGCGAGUUUUUGUAGAAGCCCAGGCCCUUGCAAGAACGUCUGGUCAGUGCUGUCGGUGCUGCCAUGCUGUGAUGCAGCUCCCCUUCCGCAUCCGUGUUCUUGAACGGGGAAGGGCCCCUGCUGCAUGUGCGCACCAGCCGUUGUAUGAGCAGAACCGUUUCCCUGGGAGGCAUUGCCAACGGGGCAUCGGGCUGUCUUCCGGACCUGCGGAGCACCUGGCCUCUUGUGGUUCUCGCGCCGAGGACCGGCGCUACGCUGGGGAUGGAUGGCGAGGAACAUGGUGAUGCUAGCGAAAGGGCAGUCUGACAUGGAGCCUGAAGCAACGUGGAGCCUGAAUCCAUGUGACGGAAAGAGGCAAGAGUUUACAUGUUUUCACUUGAUGAAAGGGUUUCCUGUAGCUUCCUGUAGAAGGAGCCUUUCUUGAUUGCAUCUGGUAUUUCCUUUCUUCUAGCAAACCUGAUCCACCACGUUCAAGCAGUGGGCAUUUCCACAGCGGGUAUUUGCCGAGGGAGAGGCACGCAGGGGAAAAUCGACUCCUUGCACAGGAGGAGACUGCUCUUCCAGAUGAACCACUUUCCGGUCUCCUGAUGCGCACGCAUUGUGAAUAACCCCAGAGGCCCGGUUCGGAGAGCGUAAUGAUGCUCUUUGGAGAAACACUCAUGCCCUGUCAGCGCGCCUGGUUUCAAUGGAAACUCCUGCUCUCCUGUGAGUUGUACAAUUAAGGAGGUAGGGCAAAGGGGAGGAAAAACUUCACUGAAGAGCAGUCGUCUGGGCCUGACUGGAUUCGCUAGCUCUGCCCUCCUGUUACAAUACCUCCUGAGGUGGAGGCUGUUGCCCCGCUUUACGCAGGAUGCGACCAACUGAAAAAGCAGUUGUUCUCUUGAUGGUGCACAUAAAACAACGUUGUGUUCUUCAGAAGGACAAAUCCUGGCUUACAGAUAUGGCUGUCGUGUGCCAUUUCCAAAGACUGGAAUGUGUUUGUUAUGUUGCUGUGGAAGGAUUCGCAGCUGGGAAUUUCAGGGCAUCUCUUGAAAGUGUCCGGAGGUAGCAAAGGCUAGAGUCACCCAGGGCUUGGAUUGAAAAUGCCAGUGUGUGCCAGCAGGAGGGACUCUAUUUCCUGUUUUUCCUGCCGAUUCCCUGCGAGGUUGGGCAUGUGUGAGAAAUUGGACUGGUCCGGCUGGCUGACCAGGAAUCUCUACUCCAUCUGUUUGUUUUGGUCCAGGAGUCUUUCCGUCAUCCCCGAGCUCUUUCAUGUCUUUUAUCCUUUGUUUCUUUCCUCGUCUGCACGGUUCUGCAGCUUUGUUUGCAGCUCUGUGCGCUGCAGAUGUCGGAGCACUAGCCAUUUCUCACUGAAAAUCAUUUUCCUUGAUGGAAGUGACCGGUUCCUGCUGCAGCACUGGUGGAAGUUGGCAAUCUGUGGCUUGCCUCUAACAAUCCGGCCACCGGUUUGAUGUAGCCUUCCUUUGCUGGGUUGGUGCGGCGUCUGAUGCGGCGCUGUCCUUUGCAGGCACGGCCUUGCUCCCAGAGCCUUGGGGUUUGGUUCCAGUUUGGCAUUCUCUCUUGCACCAUCCCUGCUGUGACUCUGCCUCUGUCGCUAACAGUACUUGAUGCUCUGUUUUCAGUUUUUGUUUAUUCUUUUUUAAUACAAUGUCAAGGUUGCUGUUGUGGUUUAACCCCAGCUGGCAACUAAGCACCACAUGGCUGCUCGCUCACUCCCUCUGGUGGGAUGGGGGAGAGAAUCGGAAGAGUAAAAAUGAGAAAACUUGUGGGCUGAGAUAAAGACGGUUUAAUAGGUAAAGCAAAAGCCAUGUGCACAAGUGAAGCAAAACAAGGAAUUCAUUUGCUCCUUCCCAUCGGCAGGCAGGUGUUCAGCUAUCUCCAGUGAAGCAGGGCUCCAUCAUGCGUAAGGGUUACUCGGGAAGACAAAUGCCAUCCCUCUGAACAUCCCCCCUUCCUUCUCCUUCCCACAGGUUUAUAUGCUGAGCAUGAUGUCAUAUGGUCUGGAAUAUCCUUUGGGUCAGUUGGGGUCAGCUGUCCCAGCUCUGUCCUUUCCCAACUUCGUGUGCACCUCCAGCCUACUCGCUGGUGGGGUGGGGUGAGAAGGAAAAAAGGCCUUGACAACUGUGUAAGCACUGCUCAGCAAUAACUAAAACAUCCCUGUAUUAUCAACAUUGUUUUCAGCACAAAAACAUAGCCUCAUACUAGCUACUGGCGAAGAAAAUUAACUCUACCCCAGCCAAAACCAGCACAGUUGCUUUGAAUGAGAAGUGCUGGCUGAGCCCAGACAGCACCUCUUCUCUAGUGGGAUGGCUGUGAAAUCUUCCAUCAGAAAUGCUGGUUUGAAUGGAAAGGAACUUUGAGAAGAGCCAGCAGCUCUUCCGUUGCGGGUUUAUCACCUUCCCCAAGUCUCGUUUAAUAGUCCUGUAUUCUUUUCUCUACACAGUAAGAGCAGCUUGAGCUGUCUCGGUGCAGAGCAGCUGGAGGCAAACGCCUGAGGCUCCCACCCGUGCUUCCGCAGCAUGAGUCUGGGGCUCGUGUACAUGAGGAGGUCUGCGAGGGCUAGCGAGCGUUGUCCUUGUUGCUGUAGACCAGAGGCGGAAAAGGCGAGCGAGGUUCAUGUCUGACAAACACAUACUAGAUUUCAAUCAGAAUAUUUCAGCCUGGCUCAGAGGAAGGAGGCAAUAGGAAAGCUAGGAGUAUAAAACCAAAACUUCCGUUCCUCACUGGCCCUGGGGACUGAGGAUCCCUUUCUGGCCGUGUUAAAUGGGCAAUUCCUGCCACAUGUCCAUGGGCUUUCCUGAAUUUGUUCCCGGUUUGUUGGCUCCGGGCUAUUGAUGAAUUGCAGCGGAGGUACUGCUUUUGAUUUUGAGCUUUGACCUGGCAGAAUUCUCAUCUGGGAAUCGCCUGCACUGCGGCCUGUGGAACGAAUGGCACAUGGGACGCAUGGCAGUUGGUGUCUAUCUUCCCUUGAAUUUUUGGCAGUGCUUUUUAUCAGGGGCAGUAAAUUGCUAUGAAAGUUUGUGUCUGGUUAGACAGAUUGCAAAGGAAAAGGAUAUUGUGAAGUGCUGACAGAGCGCAUCCCCAAACAUUAAUUCCUGCACCCACUUGUGUUUCCUAGCAGAGAUGUACUUUCUGCCAUUUCAUUUCUUCUCAAAGUCGUAUAGCGUAGGACUGAUCGUAACCUUUUAUCUUCUUCUAAAUGUUCUCGGUAAGUGCAGAAUGUUUUUCAGAGUGUUUGGGUAAAUGGCUCUUUGAGGGACAGAGGGGUAGGGGGGAAUGGCUCAGCUGUGUGCACUGGGAGUUUUUUAGUUCUGAUACGCUCCCGAUUAACAUGUUGAUCCUUUCUCUUUGUAUCCGUACAUGGCUUCCUUUCUCACAUGCACAGUUGUUUUCAUCCCCCAAGUAGCAGGUGGCUGGUUUUGUUAGUCCCAGCUAUGUGAGCGCAGGUGACUCCCAGCUUCAUGAAGCUAAGAAUGGUAAUGAAUCUGCUUUGUGGGGGAGGUGUGAUUAUUGCUGUGAGAAACGAUUCUUCUAUCCUAAUCUCCUUGGAAGGAAAGGGAAAGUCACGUAGGUCUUCGGCCUCCAGAAACUGUAAAGACAGUUCCAGGGAGGUUUCCCCCCAUAGAACUGCUGCUUAAAGAAAUCUCUUUUGUAUUUAAUACCUGCUUGUGCUUCUGGCUUUAUGACAGAAGAAAUGCUAUUUGAAAUCCCUGUUUAACUUCUUCUGGAUACCCAUGCCCUCACCUCGGUGCCCUUGCGGGGUCUGUGGCAUUUCAUAAUGCCUGGGACCACGGAGCAACCCCAGUGUGCGGCGCGGGCUGCCAUUGAACUUUUUGGACUCGAAUGAUCUGCAGUUGCCAGAUUGUUGUCUCAGGGUAGGCUCAAUAUUUGCACCUUGUGAAAUCGGUCCUCGACCGAAUAUAUGGGGGAAGAGGAGCGGCAGAGCAGCAAGCUUGAACGCAUGGAGGCUUCUGAAGGAGUUCAACCUGCUUAUGAGGGCCUGCGUUCCAAAUGCUGUGUUCUGCUGCCAGCUACAGAAGUAGAAACAGUGACUGGUAAAUGAAGCCAAAGUAUACAUUUUGGGUUUGGGUUGGUUUUUUUUUUUUGUGGGUUUUGGGUUUGUUUGGGUUUGUGGGGGUUUUUUUGUUUUGGUUUUUUUUUUUUCCUAUUUUGGCUGAACAGAGUUACUAGAACUUACCUAUGCUGUGUAUUUUUACUUCUCCAAAGAAAAUAGAUUUCUCGAGCUCUAAGUCUGCUUGUAAGUAUAUUUUUGUCUGGAUACAUCCUCUCCAUGUGUUUUGGUAAGGCUGUUUAAGAGCCUCCCUGUUGAAAAAGCCCUCGGUGUCAGCCCGUGAAGGGUAUCCUCUUGAGGCGCGAGAAAACGGGCGUGGGAAGAGAUGGCGGGAACCACAAAGCCUCUGUUUUGGGGGUGCUGUAGGCUGUAGCAUGAUGGAUGUCUGACUGAGGCCCAAUACUUGGAGAGGGUGCUCAAAGGCCACACAUAUUCAAGGGCAGAGGGAUUGCACGUGUGCACGUGUGUUUGCAUGCUCUGUGAAUGCCUGUAGUGGUCACGCUGCAAAGUGACUGAGGACAACAGGGCCGAUUGGUGUGUCGGGAGAGCAGCCUUACUAGCUUCUGUGGCAUCCACAAAAUAUUCUUACAUGGACCUCCGCAGGGGCAGACUUGAGCAAGCAAGUCCAGCUUGUGCCCCUGCAAGCACCCUCACGCUGCUUAUGUAGUUGAGGAUGGGUUUUUAGGCAGAUUGGCUGAAAUGUGGGAGUGCGAGGGGAGACUACUAGGGUAGAGAGCUAGUCGGAAAACAGUUCAGUGGAGGAGAAUGUAAUGAAAACUUCAUCAAACCAAUAUGAGAGGGCCACAGGCAUGCGCCGUUUCUAGACUAGAAGCAGGCGCACAGCAAAGCAUAUGCUUAGAAAUGUUUUCGUUCCGCUUUUUUGUCUUUAGCGAUGCAGCUUCCUCCCUGUGACGGUUUCUCUCAGUUCAUUGUUUGCUAAACCUGCAGAGGAGUAAUUUCUGGGUAGCUGGUGAGAUGCUUGAAUGCUGGGUGGCUGGCAUUUGCGUGUUUUGGGAUCUUUUGCAUUGUUCUUCUCUCCCUCCCCCUACGUCACGGUGAGUGUCAUGGUAGAGUAACAAUCCCAGUGGUGGUCAAACUUCUGGAAAAGGUCUUUGUGUACUUGCGAUAUCACAGCUCCUUCUACAGGCAUGACUGAUCCAUACCACCUUUCCUUGCUCGUACAGGUAACGGACCAAAUACCCACGCUGAAUUUGAAUUAGCACCCCUCCUUGUGCGUGCUCUUUUGUACUUUGAUGCCUUCUCUCUGGGUGGAUUAUUUUAACCCCAGAUUGUUUAGAGGAAAAAAAAUAGGAACUGUAGCUAUUUAAGAGAUGAGAAUAAAAUUACUUAAUUCAGACUAAAUGAAUGAAGUUUUUGCACCUUUGUAAAUGUUGAAGAAGAAUUCCAUUGCUGUGUAAUGGCUGAACCUGUUAACUUAUUAAACCACAUGGAAAUCAAAACCUGA